AUGGCUCCUGCCGACGAUGACUGCGAUUUUGAGAUCACCUCCCGCUGGGAGGAGAUCCUUGAGUGGUCUGCUCAAUCCGGACGCUUCUCGGAAACAACCAAGACCCAGGUAAAAGCCAUAUAUGGUGGUUCCAAGAGAUGCUGGGUUUGUCGAGGGGGAAUGGCCGACUGUGCGCAUGUUUUUGCCAAGGAAGACGACCAAACGGACUGCUGGGAUAAGGCGGGCCUUAUCCCACCUGGGGCUAAUCUCAAGUCAAAGGAGAAUGCCAUCUUCCUCUGCAAGUCAUGUCACUGCCAGUUUGACAAUGCCUACAACCCAGGAAUUGUCUUCUUCCCUGCCGACUUGGAGUUCUUCAUUGAAUGGGAGAAGGCUGAUCAAGCCCGCCGGAAGGAAGCGGCCCAGAAUGGCGCGCAUGUCCGCCGAAGUCCACCCACAGCUGCUGCAUAUAAGGCUCACCAGGUGGGACAAGCCCGGGUUGACCCAAACUCAAUUGGCGGCCUAUAUCGUACUGCCGUUUUGGACACGUUUUUUGCCUCCGACCUUCCGAAAUCCGUGCGCCGCGAGGUCCUUGAAUACCGUUCCCGGUUGAAGCAAUGGCACGGGGAGCCGAUGUAUACAAUCCGCCAAGCAUUCAUCAUCCUGGGUACACUACAAGUCAAGUUGCUUGACCCGGAGAUCAAGAGACAGCUUCGAGAGUUGCAGGACCUUUAUACAAGCGAUGACUUGGAAGAUGAUGACGAUGAUUCUGACGAUGAUUCUCUACUGAGAAGCGUCAAUCGUCUCAACAGGGGUACAAAACGCCCACAUCCAGGGCCCGAGGAUGGAAACAAUGCCGGACCUCGCGGUAGCGUCCAUGGAAACCCAGAUGACGGUGAAUGCCUUGGUGAUCCGCAGACAAGUCCGAAGGAUAGGCAGGAUUGUUUGGGUGGAUCUGCCAAAAGACUCAAGCGCGGCUGUCGCUCCGUGGACGUGACAGCUUUGGCCUGUCGUGAUCUGGCCAGUCGUGAUCACCUCCUCCUCGCACCGCAUCGUACGUUGGCUCGGAGAUGGCAAUUAGGACCCGAUAUGACAACCGAAGAUGCAAUUCGCAUUCGCUCGCACUUUAUGGCUCCGGCAUAA